GCCUAUAUUUAUAAGCACAAAGGAUAGAGCAAACAUAUAUAGGAAACUUUAAGCAAGUGAAAUGAGAGGCACCAAGGGUUAUGAGCCACGUUCAAGCUCAUCUUGUGCAGCUUGCAAAUUACUUAAAAGAAGAUGCACCCCAAAUUGCCUAUUUGCACCUUACUUUCACUCCAACGAGUGCAAAAAAUUCGCCAAAGUCCACAAAGUAUUUGGAGCAAGCAAUGUUAGCAAAAUACUCAUUGAAGUCCCAGAAAAACAGCGAGAAGACACAGUGAAUUCUUUGGCUUAUGAAGCAGAAGCAAGACUUAGAGACCCGGUUUAUGGAUGCAUUGGUGCCAUAGCUUUGUUGCAGAGAAAGAUGAUGGAACUUCAACAUGAUCUGGACAUUGCUAAAGAUCGUCUUGCUCACUGUCGCGCUCUUGCUGCCACUGCCACUGCUACAACCACCGCCAUAAUUCCUUCUGUCGAUUGUGUUACUUUGCCUCCUUUUCCUGAGUUUUCACCUUCUAAUGAUCUCAGUGAUAUCUUCUGUCAUGGCUCUUCUUCUUCUCAGUUAUCGACCCGGCUUGAAACCGUCGACGAUUUUAUUCAAAUUCCAUAUAUAUUUUGAUCUUAUGGUCCUUUUUUAAAUGUAAGUGAAGUGUUAUGUAUAUGCUAUAAAUAAGAACUUCAAGAUUAGGAAUGAAGUAAAAUACAUGUAUGAUUGUGUGUUAAUAAUUGUUAUUAUAAGAGAUAAGAAUUGGUUUCUUGGCCUUUUAUGCAAA